AUGGAAGUGGUGGUGAAGACGAGGGCAUACGUGAAGAUGUGUAUGCAUGCACUCAAAUAUCCGCACUCAACAGUUUGUGGUCUACUUCUGACCACAAAGCGGAAGAAGGCGUCCACUAAUCAGUCUUACGUCGAGUUCUUCGACGCCAUUCCUCUCAUCCAUUCCGGACACGGAUUGACUCACGUCUUGGAGACGGCUCUCAUUCAGGUCACUGUCAACACAUCCCACACACUGACAGACAUACACUCACACGUGUCCCUCAUCUUUAUCUCAAACUAUUACAAGUCGAGCGAUGUCUCCAUCGGUGGUAUAUAUCAGGCGAACAAAUACUUCUUCGACUCGACGCCGAAUGUCUUCGCGCAACGAUUGGGCGAAAAGUUGUUGGAAAACAACAGCGAAUCAGUUGUAGUGAUGGUUAAUAACAUCGGUUUAGCGCAAGCGUUGGACGACCAAAACGAGAUCGACUCCGCGCUCACUGUCUAUCACAUGAAUGACCAGAAGUGGCGGUCGAAGAGCGGCGGACACCGGUUCGAGAACCCCUCCCAAGCCUUCAACGCUGGUCUAUUGAGUCUAUGCUAUGGUAGAGGAGGUCUUAUGGACUCUUCAAACAACAUCUUCUACUCAUUUAUCAGAUAA